AUGGCCCUCCACGCAGCGGUUUGCUCCGCCAGACAGCUCCCUCGCCUUUCCCUUCUCACAGCUUCCUUCGGCAACAUCUCCCUACAAGCAAACCGAUCUUUCUCUACGACCCUCCCGGUACAGCGGGCAGCUACUCUUCCUCCUGAGAUUCCCCCAUACCCUUAUGGCCCCAGACGCACCUUCAAGCAGGCGGACAGCGGGCUCUACGGCGGUGCUACAAUAAUAUUCGGAAACAAGAUCUCCAAAGGCCGGAACAAGGGCAAGACACGAAGAAUCUGGAAGCCUAAUGUGCGAAAGGAGAAGGUCUACAGCAAGGCCCUGGACGAAGAAAUAGAACUCAAGGUCACUCAUGGCGUUUUGAGAACGAUCAAUAAAGUGGGAGGACUGGACGAAUACCUGCUCGGCGACAAACCUGCUAGAAUAAAGGAAUUGGGCAUGUUUGGCUGGAAGCUACGGUGGAGAGUGAUGACAUCACUGGCCAUGAAGGAGAAGUUCGCGUUGGAGAGACAGCAGCUGGGUCUACAGGAGCCAGAGACAUUUGAACAGUUUCUGGCACGACACUCGGAGAGCGAGAAGAUCGAGGCAGCCACCGAGCACGAUUUGAAACGACAGCAGGAGGCCCACGAGGCGGCCACACCGUUGACCGCUGCAUCAAUGGGGGAAGCGAAUACUCCCGAACUGAAGACGAACCCGGCCUAG